GACAAUUUCUGUAGGCUAUGUAUGUUUAUUUACAAGAGUUGUGUAUUCUGAAUGAAAUGUAAGCCUACCGCAAAUAAUAGCCCCUAUACCUUUAUGAUAUCUGUUGCCUAUUGAGAGUGUUGUGCUUUAAAUCCAAAACAGAUGAGGGUAUAGGCCGCUGGAUUAGAUCACCCAUGGCGAUGAAGGUUUUUUUUCUGGAUGGAAAGGCACCAUCUGUCAACCCAAUGUGGGACAGACAGCGUCGGGCCCGACUGAAAUGUGCUUACCGCAACCACUUCAGCGAGGCGACGACUCUACGUCACACGUUUGGAAUGCUGUGACGAGUUCAUGGGGCCUGUGACUAAACGGAUCCUCAGCAAAAAUGAGGGUGAAGACCAGGCGACUGUAGACUUUGGAAAGUCUCCCGGAUUUUAAGAGAGUUCCGUUAUGUCCGGCCCCACCUGGCUGCCUCCAAGAACCCUAGGUAGCCCAGAGAGAGCCGCGCCCCCCAUGUCACACGGCGGACCGUCCUUUUACAGGGCCCAGAAGAAGGUCUUGGCCGACCCGAGGCCCAAGUACGGCGCCUACGAGCAGAAUGGGGGCUCAGGGGGAGGUGGAGGGGGGCCCACCAGGUACAUCGCCACUGGACCAACAGGUGGCAUCAUGCAGCACUCUGAAGACCCAGGCUCUGCUGCCUUUCACCCAAUGUCUCCUAAUUCCGGGGACCACUACUAUCCCCCUUCCCAUGGGCCCAAAGACGAGCGACCCCCCUGGAACCCUCACAUGGCAGCCUAUGACCAUCAGGUUCGAGGGCCAGAGAAGCACCACUCCAACAUAGACGCUGAAAUAGACUCUCUGACCUGCAUGCUAGCCGAUUUGGACAGCCACCCACACAGCACAAGCACACAGCUUUAUGAUAAUGUGCCUUACAACAAGCACCUCUCAGGGGAUCGCUACAAGCCCUCAGGCCCAUCAGGGGCUCACCCACCGGGCCGUCCGUCCAUGGGCUACCCCCCUCACCCCCAGAGCCAGUACCACCCAUCGCCCCCGUACGCCGGUGAUCACCAGACCUCUCCAUACAACUCCCAGCUGGACUACUCCUAUCCAUCCCACUCAUCCUCCUCCUCCUCCUCUUCAGCCACUCACCACAAGCCCUACCCCCAGCCAGUGCCUGCGUCCUACACCACCGCCUCCACACCGACUGGCCCCCGCUUCAGCGUCCAGGUCAAAACCGCCCAGCCGGUCACCACCUACUCCCAGACGGGCAGACAGGCGGAGCAGGCCUACACCCCGCCGCGCCAGCACACCUCCCGGCCCCCUGCCCAAGAGCGGCCGCCUUACCAGGACCACCUGGUGCACAACCAGGCCCAGUCACCACAGCAGCAGGGCUGGUACUCUAUGCCGCCUGCCUCUGCCCAGGAAAUGCACGGAGAGGGUGGGUACGCCAAGGGAGGGCCAGGAGGGCCGCUGGGAGUCCGAGCCAGCCAGGGCCCCCAGCCGCCCAACAGGGGUCCGGACGCCUCAGGGACCGUGCAGAGUGCAGCCUAUCAUCCUAGUAAGGGGGCUGUGCCAAGGCCUGAAGAAGAGCUGGAGCGGCUCACCAAGAAGCUGGUUCAUGAUAUGAACCACCCCCCUACCGAGGAGUACUUUGGCCGUUGUGCACGGUGUGGCGACAACGUCCUUGGAGACGGGAGUGGGUGCAUCGCCAUGGAGCAGGUGUUCCACGUGGAGUGUUUCACCUGCAUCACCUGCCACGCCCGCCUGCGAGGCCAGCCCUUCUACGCACUGGACAAGAAGAGCUACUGCGAGAGCUGUUACAUAAGCACCCUCGAGCGCUGCUCCAAGUGUUCCAACCCCAUCCUGGACCGGAUCCUGCGGGCCAUGGGCAAGGCCUACCACCCGCGCUGCUUCACCUGCGUGGUGUGCAACUGCUGCCUGGACGGAGUGCCCUUCACCGUGGACGCCUCCUCCCAGAUCCACUGCAUCGACGACUUCCACAGGAAGUUCGCCCCGCGUUGCUCAGUGUGUGUGCAGCCAAUCAUGCCCGAGCCGGGACAGGAGGAGACGGUCAGGAUAGUUGCCCUGGACCGGAGUUUUCAUGUCAACUGUUACAAGUGUGAGGAAUGUGGUCUGCUCCUGUCGUCGGAGGGGGAGGGGCGAGGCUGCUACCCCCUGGACGGGCACAUCCUCUGUAAGAGCUGCAGCGCCCGCCGCAUCCAGGACCUCUCCGCCAAAAUCUCCACUGACUGCUGAGCUGCCAGGCCCACUGCCCACUGCCCUCCCCUGCUUAGCUGUGCCCAGCCUCCCUGUGGCCCGUCUGCCCUCUGCCACCACUGCCCGACUAAACAAACGUCCGAAGCUGUAGACACCGGCUGCUGCGUGUGUCCGUCUGUCUGUCUGUCUGUCUGUCUCUCUGUGUGUGUGUGUGUGUCUGUCUCUGUGUGUGUGUGUCUGUCUGUCUCUCUCUGUGUGUGUGUGUGUGUACGGUAUGAGUGUGUGAUGAGUGAAAGUGAUUUGAAAUGUACUGUUCAGAAUUUCGCCUCAAAAUCUUAACACUAUAACGUUGACUCCUUUUGUAAGGUUGUGUGAUUGUUGUGUAAAACCUCCAUUGCUGAGUUUAGUCAAGUGCAGGUAAACGGGGAGAACUUGGAGCUGAUACUUGGGUUAGUACCUAGUCCUGUUCUCUCACCUCACCAUGCUCAUGUUAGUGCUGUCCUAUGCCCCUGAGCUGCUGGCAGCAGGGGUAACAAGCCCCCCUCCCCCCUCCAAACACACACACACACACACACACACACUCACACACACACACACACACACACACACACACACACACACACACACACACACAACCCUCUAAAAACAAACACUCACCUUUUGCUGUAGAUCAAAAGCUCUGCUUUCUGAGAAUGGUGCAUCCAUACAGUAGUGGAAACAAUCUCCUCUCCGCAAGCUUGAAUGACUAAACUUGUUGUUGUUUUUUCUACGUUGCCGCAGUACAGUUACCAGUUUGUAUCUAUCUAAUGUAUUGUGAUGGAGGGUAGUGGUGUGCUUAGGGUGGAAGAAUGCCUGUGAGGCCGAAGGACUGAAGUUGACAUUUUGUAUUCCGUAGUGCAGUGUACAGUAGCGAAGAGGUAUUGGUAUCUCCUUACCACAGGGAUAAUGUUGGUUACCAUGGUGACCGAGUAAAAAAAAAAAAAAAGGUCUCAACUAAGAGAAGGUGAGAAGGCUUUUGAUGAAGUCAGACUUGCUGUGAACUAAAUGAUUUAUGAGUUGGUAGGUGAGGUGUUCUGACAGAUACAUGGUGAUGGUGAUUGAGUGUAACUACAAAGAUUAGACGGCAACACUUUAAUCACUUUAAUUUAACAGAAUCCUUGUUGCGCUGUAAUUAUACAUAUACAUACGGUGUAACACACCACGUUGAUACUCAUGCACCUCAACCUUAUACCCAGCCCUAGUCUUAACCUUGAGCCUAGUUUAUAUAAAUACAAACUAUCGACGUGUCAGGGUACACAUAGGGCCGUUACUAGGUAACAAGGUUACUGUAGUCUUAUAUAAGGUGCAACUGAAUCGUUAGCGUUUGGUCAUGGGUAGCUACAUAAGUCAUGGUUUGGUUUCGAGUGGGAUAGCUAUUCUAUUAACAGAAAUGACUGUAGCCUAAUGCAAUAAUUUUGGAUGCCUUUCACACACACAUGUAAAGUUCUGUGUGGAAAAAGGGCUCUUGUGAUUGCUGUUUGGUCGGUGGGUUUUGGUUGUCGGCCAAAAGUUGCGCUGUUACACAUGAAGAUGCCGGUGUUAUGAAGUGGAUACCUGACACGUAUAAUUUAUCUGUAAGAAAAUAGCACAAGCCCAUUUUGGCCUACAGUAUCUUUUGACCGGCUGGGAUUCUGUUUGCUGUGUUUAGGAAUUUAGCUUAGAUUUGCUAAUCACAAAUCUGUGUGAGACUGUGUGUAUGUGUGUCAUCUUUGUACAUUACAUAACCACUAUUUGCAACUUCUAAAAUGAAACCAUGAAACGGAUUGAAAUUAUGCAAAACAAUUGGAACUCGUUUUAUGAAAUGUGAGUUUUGAAGUCUGUGCCAUUUCUGUGUGUCUUUUUUGGUUUGUUUUGACAUAAUGCACCCCACCUUUCCAAAAGGAAAAAAAGAUAUCCCACUGUGCGCUCUUUAUUGACCACUUUGUCUAUUUUCAUAAUUACUGUACUCUUAAACUUAAAUACCAUUAAGAUAUCAAUUUGGAUUAAAGUUGCACAUUCAUUUUGUUAAUUUAUUGCAUUUCACUUGAAUGUCAGUCUUGUUUUCAGUCGGUGUUUCAUAAGUUCAGUUAGUCCUCAUUUAGGUCAAUGCUUUUUUUUUUCCCCCUCAGAAUAUGUGUAAGACAAUUUUGGUGUUUUUUCAUUUUGUAUUUGUCAUUUCUUGUUGUCCUUGCGUUGUAUUUCUGGACUAAUAUCUCUCGUGAAUUUGCAUUGUUGCCAAGUAGAUAGACCAUCUUACAAAUGCCCACUAUUGUGAAUGGCAGUUGAUGAACACUCCUGAUUGAGCUGUAGUUGUGUGCGUAUCUGCAUGAGUUGUGUUGAGUGAGUGAGUGAGUGAGUGGUUGUGGGUGCUUAUUUUGAACAUUGUGUUUGAGACAUCUGCUUUACUCUGCCAUUGAAUUGUAGUACAUACUUCAUACAUAAACCCAUCCAUUUUCAAAGCA